AUUGCGUCAUGACGUAUGCGUCAUUGUUACAUGACCACACCCUUAUCUGAAGCGCUGUUUCACACAGUUCGCAUUUCGCAAGGUAGAAAGCAAACAAGUUAGCAAAGGGCUGUUAGUUUUAUUACCUCAGAGUCCGCAUUAAGGAUUUACAAGUUUAAGUUCGUUUCCCUUUAGGGACAGAGGAAGCCAAAUGGGAAUCUUGUACUCAGAGCCUAUGUGUCAGGCAGCUUAUGACGAUGACAUCCAUAAGUUGCAAAAACUGAUCUCAGCCGAUCCCAAAAAUGUAAACGUUCAAGAUGAAGGAACAGGAGACACACCGAUCAUAGCCGCCUGUAGACGGGGACACCUCAGGACUGUCAAAUACCUUCUAGAUUACAAUGCAAAUGUGUCUAUUAGAAAUAAGAAAGAAAGGACUUGUUUGCACUAUGCCACGAGAAGAACAUUUUCCUUCCUGGACUACUUGAUGAUUGCCAUAUUAAUGCCUAUCUUGUUAAUUGGUUAUCUUAUAAUGGAAGAGAAGCAAAGAAAAAAUGUGAAAUUGAUGGAGCUUCUGUUGGCCACUAAGGUGGAAGUAAAUGCUGUAGACUGUCUUUGCUUUUUUCAGAAGGGGAACACUGGACUUCACUAUGCAUGCCAAAGAAAAAGUCAAAGGAUCAUUCCACUGUUAUUGGAGAAAAAUGCAGAUGUUUCAGUACAGAACAAAAAUCAUGAAACCCCACUAGAUAUUGCAAAGAGACUACAAUUCCACAAAAUUGUUACAAUGUUAACAAAAUCAAUGUGAGUAAUAAUAGAGGACAUGAGAGAAGAGACGUGUUUCAUGUGCAGCAGCAGUGGGGUCCUUUACAAUUCACCAGCUGAGUUUAAGAUUGGGUUUUCACCAAUUGUCAAAAUUUUUUACACUUUGAACCACACAUAAUGUUUGAACACACUUAAUGUCAUAAGAAAUGCAUUUCUCAGAUGAAGGAUGUAUUUACGCAUAUUUGAUUUAGUUUUUCAUUUGAUUACUCAUAUUUGUGUUGUUCUUAUAUUGUAUAUUGAUAAUUUAAUGUACUGUAUAUGUAUAUUCAGUUUGUUUUAAAGUGUUAAAGUUUGUUUUUUUAUCACUGUUAAGAUUUCAAAUGGAUUUGGAUUGUGUCAAAUUGUUGGUUUAAAAGUAAAACCUCUCACUAAGC